UGUAUAAAACACAUACAUCAAGGUCGGGCCCACAGAUCACGACUGGAAGGGUUAAUAUGCAAUCAGCGUCCAUAAAACAAGGAAAGAAGAUAGUAUAUGUAUUAUCUACGGCUGCGCUUGCACAUGAUUCACUUGAGAGGCUGCCGGCUCCUCUUUAAAAGAUCCCACCGGCGUCUCACACUCCACUCAACUGCGGAAAGGCCCUCCUCCUUCUUCCUCUCUUUCUCUCUCAUCUUCUGAUCAUGGCAGAGCUUCAAGAGCUGCAUCUCCGAAUCAAAGAAGUCCAAGAACAAGAAUCCUCCAAACAUGCAACUUCCAUCACCAAACAACCCCACACAAGACUCCAACACUGGUCAUGGUGGCUCAAGGUAACUCUCAGCAUCACAUUCAUCCUCUCCGGCCAAACCACCGGCACUCUCCUCGGAAGAUUCUACUACCACGAAGGUGGAAAUAGCAUAUGGGUAGCCACUCUCGUCUCAGCUGCAGCCUUCCCAAUCCUCCUCAUCCCCCUCUUACUCUAUCGCUUCCUUAACAUUCCUUCCACAACAACAACAACAAGAAGGACGACAAUGGCAACAACCACAGCGAGACCGCCACCUUCCUUUUCCACCCUUGCAUUCGUCUAUAUUUCUCUCGGCCUACUAAUGGCAGGCGAUAAUGUAAUGUACUCAUAUGGACUCUUUUAUCUCCCAGUCUCCACCUACUCACUCAUUUGCACGACCCAGCUCGCCUUCAAUGCUGUCUUCUCUUACUUGUUCAAUUCACAGAAAUUCACUCCCCUCAUUUUCAAUUCCAUAGUCAUUCUCACCUUCUCUGCAUCUCUCCUGGCGAUACGCUCCGAUUCCAAGGGUUCCAAGGAGGUGUCUGCUGCAAACCAUGUGAUCGGCUUCCUAUGUACUGUGGGUGCGUCUGCCGGCUUAGCACUCAGGCUGUCCCUCACGCAGUUCUCACUAGAGAAGGUCCUCAAGAAGGAGAGGUUUGAUGUGGUGCUUGAGAUUCAGUUCUACACGUCGGCUGUCACUUCCUGUGUGGCCGUGAUCGGCCUCUUUGCGAGUGGUGGAUGGAGGCGGCUGGAGGGGGAGAUGGUUGGGUUUGAUAAGGGAAGGGUGGUCUAUGUGAUGACCUUGGUUUGGGCGGCUGUGGCUUGGCAGGUUAGUAAUGUGGGAAUGGUGGGCCUGAUCUUUGAAGUUUCCUCACUCUUUACAAAUGUGAUUGGGGCCGUGGGAUUGCCAAUUGUACCAGUCCUUGCUGUGGUGUUCUUCCAAGACAAGAUGGAUGGGGUGAAGGUUGUAUCUUUGCUGAUGGCUGUUUGGGGAUUUCUAUCAUACAUCUAUCAGCAUUAUCUUGAUGAUUGCGAGUCUAAGAAGACUACAACGGCUGAUGUGAGUGAAGUCUCUGAUGUUGCUACUGCUUGAGAGAGAUUUGCAUUAAAAUGGUUGAUGAUAUCCUAGCCUUACAUCAGAUGGGUCUCUUAGUCUAGCUGCAUUAGACCCAAAUUUCAGGUGGACUCAGUCUCUAGGUGGGCCACAAUGUUAGAAACAAUUGGACUGCUUUAAAAAACUGGGUGGAGUUUGUUUUGGAUUUCAUACAACCGCUUGUAGUUAGGGCUAUCGACAAAAAAAAAAAAAAAAAAACACCCACUUUAGAUAUUUAAAGUAACCCGACUACUUUUUGUGCCGUUAGAUGUCUAGACGCCUUCCGUUGUCUGGCUAUACACGCGAAGAACAGUAUUUCAGAAAAAAAAAAAAAAAACCAAAACUACCCAUAUUUACUUAGAAAUGGUUUUUAAUUUUUAAUUUUUUAGUCGAUGGCCCAAAAUACAGUCGGUUGUAUGCAAAAAUGUAAGCAAAAAUAAAAAAUAAAUAAAAACCUUCUUCUUUUUUUCCCAUUAGGCAUCCAUUUGUUUCAUAAACUGUGGCCCAUCUGAAGAGUUGACCAGACUGAUUAUUAGAGGGGCUGGGGAAUCUAUACGGUGGGGCACACGUGCUGAUGGGUGGCUUUGAUGUCACGUUCAUAUUCCAUGGUGGUGUGUAGAUGGACAGCUUAGUAAUAGCAUAUGGGCUUAAAGUGGCUUGUUUAAGUUGAACUAAAGUAUGUUUGAAGUUUUAUGUAUGGAAAUGUCAAAAUCAUUGGUUUUA